CACUCAGAACCGGUCAAGACUGAUAUUCGACCAACCCCUGCUAUAUUCUUUCCGGAAUUACAGGCUGCUCUCUUUGUGGUCAAGUUGUGUACACAGCAUUUAUCUUCGCGUCGUGCCUCAUAUUUCCCAACCCAACCUGAUCGCAGCAUUGCACACUGCUUACUCGUCGACCGGCUUUUGAUCAUGUAGCACGUUUUGAACUUUGUUUACUUUGAAUUGUUGCCGCAGCGAGAUCAUUGUCGCCAUCAUCACCUGGAGUGACUCAUCGCUCAUUUCACUGACUCAUCCCCGUGGGUGACAAUCAGUCACUCAUACUCAUCGGUCACUAUGGCCAGCUCACAGAACAGCCCGGUCCUCAUCCAGCACAGCUCGCCACCUCACAGACUGUCUCCGGAAGUGACGAUUGUGUCCAUCUCACCUUUCAACCCCGAUCAUUCUCCUCUUCAAGAGCCCGCUGCAGCCCGGCCGCAGCCAGCUGUGGACGAAUCGUCUAGCGACAGUGAGCCCACAACACCGACUUCCGAAAUGACUGACACGGUCAUGGUCGAUGUUCCUCUACCAGAACAAGAAGAGCAGGAGCCAGAAUCUUACGGUGAACAAAACAAUGCCGGAGAGGAAUCACAAUUGCAGCAGCCGGAAGCUGUGGCCUCCUCUGAAACAGUGCCUCAAGGAAUUGAACAAGUCCCACCACCUGCCAACGACACAUCAACUCAAGACAUCGGAGAGCUGUCACCUCCUCCUGUAGUGCAACAGCCUCGGAACGACCCUCCCGCAUGGGUGACUUGGGAUGAUGAUCUAUCUACACCUACCGAAGACGAAAUGACAGAAUUGACAUCAAGGGCGUCUAGAGGUCAGGAAUUGAGUGCCUUGGACGUUCCCAGCGUGGAGAAGCGUAUAUACCAAGAUGUGGAUGAUCCGGAGCAGCGGCCAGUCAAAAAGUUACGCUUGAGCUGGAUCAUCAAGGGUGUUCGUGGGACGCGAGACAAACCAAAUCAUGCUCGAGUCUUGAUAUCUCCGCCUGCGAACGUGGAUGGUAAUUAUUGGCAAAUCAAGUUCUACCCUCGAGGAAACAAAUCAGUCUCCCUCAGUGCCUACAUCAGGUGCAGCAGACAUCCUCCGAAGCCGGACGCACACUACCAAAAUGGUACCUUUUCCUUCUUCCAAGGUCCUCCAGAUGCCGAUCUCAGCAAUAAAGAUGCUCCGAUUCAGACGAUUCACAAUCAAAGUACGGAAAUUGAAUGCGACAAGGACACUGCCACACCCUCUGAGACCGUGACAGACUCACAAAAAGAGCAGAAUACCAGCGGCCAAGAUGCAGAAGGUGCACAUACUGAUGACGGAGCAUCUACAGGAGACGUAGCUUCUGAAGAGACACAAGGGGAGGAGGAUUGGCGAGUUGCUGCACAGCUAGGUAUGGUCAUGUACAACCCAGAUGAGCCACGCACCUGCCAUGUCAUGUCUUCUGAGCAUCAAUUUGCGAAGACCAAUGACGAUUGGGGAUGGACGAACUUCGUCGGACCCUGGAGUGAAAUCCAUACCCGUGGACAUCUUCAGAGAGCGCCACUAUUGCAGAACGACACCAUCGCCAUUGAUGCUUACAUCCGCAUCUUCGACGAUCCUACUCAAGCACUAUGGUGGCAUACAUCUGACGCCGAGUGUCACUGGGAUUCGAAGUCACUUGCAGGCUACUUUCCCAUGGGGACACCGCCUCUCUACCACAGCCCCGCAGUGGCUGGCAUGACCGCCUGGCUGCUCCUCGCUCCUUUUCGAAAAAUACUUCAAGAGGUCAGUACUGUCGACUGGCGCCAGAACUCUCAGAUUCGCCCGAAGCCAGUGAUCAGCCACCUGCAGAUGAUCUUGUUUCUGAUGCGCCACCUACGGAAGGAACGAGAGACUUAUGUGGACCUCUAUCCUGCCAUUCAAGCAAUUAGGGACCUUGGAGAUGAAUAUAACGAUGUGAAAACGUUCUGGGAGGUGUUCCGGAGGACAAUUGAGCUGGAGUUGGAAGGAGACGACAAAUCUCUCAAAGACUUAAGUGCAAUAUUCGACAUGCCAGGCGGCCCAUUGUCCUUGCCUCCUUUGCCCGUUGAGAAUGUCUGCGACAUUCAGCAGAGUCUUGAGCAAGUACUUCGCACCAAAAGCUUCAAGGGACAGCUGUCGGACUUUUUGCCCCUGACACUGGCCCGCCAACUCUUCGACAAGACUAAGAGGGAGUGGGGAUUACUUCAUGACCGAGUUAUUCUGAACGAAGAGCUCGAUCUAUCCAACUUCACUACUAAUCUCGAACAUAGCAGGUACACGUUGUACGGCUUCGUGGUACACGUUGGCGACCGGAACUCUGGCAAAUUCUAUAGUAUCCUACGCCCUGGAGGUCCCAAAACGAAGUGGCUGGCUUUCGAAGACGGCGACGGAAAUAAGGUUUUCUCGUACACAAGACAGCGAACCCAAGAUUUCGAGGGCCUGGAAGGACAGGCACUCAAGGAUUUCACGUCUACUCGACAGACUGCAUAUAUGGCAAUGUAUAUCAAGACGAGCCGUCUCGGUGACUAUCUACCUGGGAAAUUGGAGCCGUACAAACUACCCAAGUCACUUCUACCUCAUCUAGAAUCACAUUUUCAGGGUGGAGAGUUCACCGAAACCCCCACUCUGGACAACUCAGACGAGAUCGCUGUUGAGCUUUAUUCUGAUGAAGGAAUCAUCGGCCGGCAAGGACUGCUUGACAUGUUCAACAUUAAGCGCCAAUCCGACCACAAAGGAUUAUUCCACAUCAUUAGCGUUCCGAAAACUGCAACUUACCAAGACCUGAGGAUGCAGUUGGCACAGAAGCUAAAGCUCAAUGACCCAAAAGAAAUCCGACUCUUCCUCAUGAGCUACACUGGUCUAGGCCACUAUACCAGCGCACAGAUGCAUGCGGUUGACAUGAUGGAUCUCCCCAGAGAUGCCAUGCGUUCGGAUCAGCCUUUGUGCUUGUGGUUCUCCAUCCUCAAGACGGAAGAGGCAGUCAAACUUUUCGGUGUGCCUGAUAGAACAGAGUCCACCGAACAGAUAGAAGACUCCCCAGAGCCGGAAGACGGCUCGAACAAUGCCAAUGAAGCGACGUUGGAGGAAGGUAACCAAGAAAAUGUGGCAGCUCCUGAUGCCGAGCAAGCCUCGGUGCAAGAAGCCAUAGCUACUGAUCUUGAGCUAAUCACCGCAGGAAGCCAGCAGCCUUCUUCUCAAUCAGUGGAGUCUCAAGAUCCUGAAAGUGCGAUGCAACUGGAGAUGUCGCCUCCGAGUGCUGAAGACAGUCUGACCGCAAAUGUGCCCCACGGCCACCUCAUCGAUGCAGCUGCGCAUGGUGAUCCACCACAAGCAGAAACCGCAACCAGCGAAGAAGCGAUUCAGGAAAUCUCGGCUGAGACCAUGAGCGCUAUGUCGGUUAUUGAGGAAGCUGUGAUCGCCUCAAUCGUGGCCCGGGAUGCCGAAGCUAUGGACUUUGCCCUGGAUUCUGCCCCAAUCUCGAACCAGGAGACUACCCAGACACCACAAACCGAAGAUAUAUCAGCCGAGCAAUCACAAGGACCUGUGGACAAUGUGUACGGAUUUAUUCAGGUCUUCGAUGUCGAUAAUCAGAAUUUCUACGUCCGAGAGGCAUUCUUUGCCAAGUACGACGACAAGAUCAAGGAAUUCGUUCGACAGCGGAUGGGCUAUGAUACGGACAAAGCAUUCGACAUCUGGCGUCGUGAGUCGGUGGUUGAUGGCGCAGCGAUGGAAGACGACGACACUUUCAGAGACCGACGGUUCAUCAACGGCUGUGACUUGAUAGUUGGUGAACCCAUCUCCGACGCAAAGAUCAAGCAGCUGCACGAACAGGGCAAAUUUUCGAACCCUUUCGACUUGUCCAAAUAUCUCCGAAUGGUGGACCGAAGGCAUCCUGUUCUGUCCUUGACUACGAGCGAGCCAAUUGAAUUGGCAGAAUUCGGUGCAGAUUACUACAAAGGUCCUCUUGUCAAUGGACGAAUGCACGGCAAGCACGCGCUAAGCAUCAGCUCCAGCGGGCACACCUAUGAAGGACCACUGGUGUGCAAUAAGAAAUGUGGCAAGGGAGGCAAGAUGACAUACCAGAACGGAGAUACCUACGAGGGCGACUGGGAGGAUGAUGAGCGACACGGACAAGGCACGUUUGUCGAGCACCGAACGGGCAACAAAUAUGUUGGAGGAUUCGAGUAUGGCAAGCGCUGGGGCAUGGGAACGACAUAUUGGCGAGUCGCGGACGAACAGGCUGAUCUCUGCCAGAUUUGUUAUAGUCAGGAGAUUGAUGCCUUGUUCUUCGAUUGCGGACACGUCUGCUCCUGCGUCGAAUGUGCCAGGCAGUGCGAGAUUUGUCCCAUCUGCCGGAGAAACGUGAAACAAGUGGUCAAGAUGUUUCGAGCUUGAAAUGGGGCCAGAGCACGGGAAUAACGAGAUUUGCCGACAUCGUUGGGGGAUCAAGUAGGGUAGGGGGAUCGGGACGGGACUGGCGUCGAGGGUAUUCGGGUUUAUUCUGGACACGGACAUUGAUCAGAUUCGGUGAAUCAAGGUUGGGAUUUAGCAUUGGCGCAUGGAAGAGGUGUUGUCAGGUUACCGACACGAAGUGCACGACUACAACCCAGACUGGACAUUCGUUUCAUCCAUUUGCAACCACCACGUAGCUAGCAUUAGCAGCAAACACUUGAGGAGAAGCAUUCUAGGGUCGAGUUGAGACGAAUCCGAAUCUUGCUCAAACAAUCAAGUUGCUAUUUCUGACUAGGCGUUGGUGUUGACGUCGACGUUGAAUGUUGACUG